AUGAUAAUGCUGAUAUGUUAUGAAAUUAAGGUCCUUGCGCCUGGUCGGGAAGGUGCACAGGUCCCUGCGGACGCAGUGUCGCACGCAGGCGCGGCAGGCAAGUCCCAAGGCUCUCGGGCAGUAUUACACGUCCUUUUCCACCGUAGGGCGCGAUAA